ACCACUCUUAACCAAGUCGUCCACAAAACUGGGUAGCAGCAUCAUCAAGUAGAAACGUGCAAUGAGCAUUUUAGUCGCUACUUUGCCGUCAACAUUGAAGCUGCUUCAAGCACUUGUUUCUGAUCUCAUCUCACUCGAACCACACAGUGAAGCUUAAAAAAUUAUAAACUUGCUCUGCCAACUUAUUGGAAGCGAAACGUGCUUCAGCGUCAUCAUCACCGUUUACCUUGAUCAUCAACGACCAGUGACUGGAGGAGAUAGUCUCAUUCUCAGAAGGACAAUUUUUUCAGUGUGACCAUAUUUUGAGAAAUUGAUCUCGAUUGUAUGGCAUAUGCACUGCACAGCAAUUGUGUGGACAUUGGUUGCCUACCUGGUCAACAUUGGAUAGAGUUAUAGCUUGAAAUGUUACACCUUUUCUGAGUGCAAGAUAAUCGUGCAAUUGAAAAGAUAACGUUAAUCAUUUUAGUCACUUUAAUCAUCACUUGUUGAUUAAACUGAUUGGAAAGAAUAUGGCACAAGUUAAAAUAUUCAGUUGUGCCCGAUCAAAGCAAAAAACAUAAGCAAUAAGACAACGCUUCAUACAGCACAUGGACUCCAAAACAUGUUUAUAAUUUUUUUAAUACGUUGUGCGAAAUUUUGAAUGAAAUGAUUUGAGUGACAGCAGGAUUACUUUGUUGCUGAUUUGAUUUGGAGAAAAGAUUGACACUGGAUCCGAUCAAAGUUGCCUCAUCAAGGAAAAAGAGAUUUCUUGGAAUACCUAAAAGUUUCUGGAAACAAUAUUUAACAAGACGACAUAAAAAAUAAAAAAAACUUCAUUGUUACAUACAUUGAUGUCAAUUAAACCUCAGCAUUUCCGUAAUUUUCAGUGAUAAAUAUUUGUGGUCAACUUGAGACACUUUAAAUUAAGCUGCAGUUUCAACAUUUUGGAGAAAAGAUACGUCCGGCAAAAUUCCUAUAAUUUAAUUAAAACUAUUGCGCAGCGUUUUAUAUAAUUUUUAAAGUGUUGUUAAAGAAAGGCGUCAACAUUUCUCCCUCAAAAAAAAAGGCAGAAGAGAUGGGGGACCAGCCGCAAAGAGUUUUGUACUGUGGUACAGAAAAGCGGCGGCUGACUCUCUGCGUGGGGUGUGGUUCUCAAAUCCACGAUCAGUACAUCCUGCGUGUGGCACCAUCAAGUCGAGAUCCCAAGGUCGGCGAGGAUCUGGAAUGGCACGCUGCAUGCCUUAAAUGCGUCGAAUGUCACAUGUUCCUUGACGAAAGUUGCACAUGUUUCGUUCGAGAUGGAAAAACCUAUUGUAAGCGAGACUAUGUCAGAAUGUUUGGGACAAAAUGUGAAAAAUGCGGGUCUUGUUUUCGAAAAAAUGAUUUUGUGAUGCGAGCAAAAUGCAAGAUUUAUCAUAUGGAAUGUUUCCGGUGUAUUGCGUGUGAGCGGCAGUUAGUGCCUGGUGAUGAAUUUGCACUUCGAGAGGAUGGACUAUUUUGUCGAGACGAUCAUGAAGUUCUUGAGAAACUGGCUGUCAAUGGGGAGCACAAUUCUUCAAUCAAUACCCCGCCUGCUAUCACACCCAUUCAUCACGAAGCUUCCAAUUCUGACUCCUCGGAAUCCAACACGAUUACCACCCACACAAAAGUCCGCGAAGGCCGAGGACAUGCGAAAGGAGAGGGCAAGCCAACAAGGGUUCGUACCGUUUUGAACGAGAAGCAACUGCACACAUUGCGGACCUGUUACAACGCUAACCCUCGACCUGACGCUUUGAUGAAAGAACAGUUAGUGGAGAUGACCUCUCUCAGCCCACGUGUGAUUCGCGUCUGGUUUCAGAAUAAAAGGUCAGGUGAAAGGUGCAAAGAUAAAAAGAAGCAAAUUCUGAUGAAACAGAUGCAGGCCCAAGAAAAGGUUCGUUAUUAUACUGAGGAAGGAAGAAAGCUUGGCUACGGUACAAUGCAGGGUAUUCCUUUAAUCGCAUCCAGUCCUGUGCGUCAUGAAAGUCCGUUGGGGAUGAAUCCUGUGGAAGUUCAAUCUUACCCCCCUCCUUGGAAGGCCCUUACCGACUUUGCCCAAAAUGCGCUCGACCUUGAUAGACUUGACCCUUCUGCACCACCUUUUCAACAACUUGUCAAUCAGAUGCACGGAUAUGACCUGAUGCAUACGAACGGGGACAUGACACAAACGCCAACUGACCUCACCAGUCACCACGACUCCACGGACUCUUACGUAACUUACCUGGAGAGUGACGACAGCCUCAAUCAGGACACGUCCAGUCCUUAAUUUACCUACACGUACUAAUUAAUCGAUGCUAAUUUUACAGUGUGAAGAGUAUUGAUGCGUUGUUAUUGAUAUACAAUGGAGACUUUUAUCUCUCUUUUCUCAUUUAAUUUCUCUCUAAAAAUGAAACGAGUCUCAUCUCAUGCAUGUCACAAUAUGCGGUUUUUGAUUUUUGUAUUGAAUAAAGGAAUGACCAACUUUUAUAAAUCGACAAAUUAUCUUUAGUUUUCAUUCUAUCUAAGUCAAGAAAGAGCAAAGACCACCAGAGACAGCAGUUUUAUAUGGGUUACUUAUGUAAUUGCACAUCUAGUUUUUUCAAAACAAUUUUGAACCACCCAACAUUACAUUUUUCUGUAUGAAUGUAGUUUACAUAAAACAUGGAUACAUAAAACAUGGAUAUACAAAUAUAAGAAACAGAAUAUCAAACAAAUAACGCUAAAAUUUAAGAAACAUUGUAAUAAAUUCCUCUGUACGUAAACUUGUGCAUUUCCGGUUAUAAAUUAAAAAUAAAGUACUUAAGUUUACUGUAGCAUAUUUCGAGCAAGGUGUAUAUUUAUGUAGGGGAGAAAGUGUACAUGGGCAUAUGUAACUAAUAAUGGUGGUACAGCGUUCCAAAAUUUUUCAAAACUUACUUUAGCGUUUCUUGCGUGUUAGGAAAUUUUGUGAAUAUAGUAUUAAUUAUAUAGUUAUAGUUGCUACAUAGUUCUGAUAAAAGAUACAAUUUUCUGUUUUUUACGGUGACCAUAAACCAUAUUUAUUUGCUUAAUCUGUAGUAGUUGCAGUUACAAAUCACUACUAACAUCAGUAAAGAAAGUUUAUUACAAAUGUAAAUUCAAGCUGCUUUGUAAGCUUAACCGUACGACACAAAGUCGAAUGCAUUUACAUCAGUCUGUUAAAUGUUUGUCAUUAAUUGAAGCGAAUUUCAAUUGUCGAAAAGAAAUUAAAAAAUCAAGAAUUGUUGAGAAUUAAACAAA